AUGAAUCCGUUAUUCGGGCCCAACCUCUUCCUCCUACAGCAGGAGCAGCAGGGCCUGGCCGGGCCGCCGGGGGACCCUCUGGGAGGCGACCGCUUCGCGGGGGGUGGGGACGCGUCCCCGUCGCCGCGCGCCCCUCCGGGCCCGGCUGCCUACUCGCCGCCCGGGCCGGGCCCCGCGCCCCCCGCCGCCAUGGCCCUCCGCAACGACCUGGGCUCCAACAUCAACGUGCUCAAGACCCUGAACCUCCGCUUCCGCUGCUUCCUGGCCAAGGUGCACGAGCUGGAGCGCCGCAACCGGCUGCUGGAGAAGCAGCUGCAGCAGGCGCUGGAGGACGGCAAGCCGGGCCGGCGGGGCCCGGCUCGCCGCGACCAGGCCGUGCAGACCGGCUUCGUCAGCCCCAUCCGGCCCCUGGGGCUGCCCCUGGGCGCCCGGCCGGCCGCCGUCUGCACCCCAUCGGCGCGGGUGCUGGGCUCGCCCGCGCGCUCGCCCGCCGGACCCCUCGCCCCCGCCGCCGCCGGCCACUCCUCGCCCUCCACCUCCACCUCCGCCGCCUUCUCCUCGUCGGCCCGCUUCAUGCCCGGCACCAUCUGGUCCUUCUCUCACGCCCGCCGGCUCGGCCCGGGACUGGAGCCCAUGCUGGUGCAGGGGCCUGGCCUGUCGUGGGUGCACCCCGACGGGGUGGGCGUCCAGAUUGACACCAUCACCCCCGAGAUCCGCGCCCUCUACAACGUGCUGGCCAAGGUGAAGCGCGAGCGGGACGAGUACAAGCGGAGGUGGGAAGAGGAGUACACGGUGCGAUUACAGCUGCAAGAGCGAGUGCACGAGCUCCAGGAGGAAGCCCAGGAGGCUGACGCCUGCCAGGAGGAGCUGGCGAUGAAGGUGCAGCAGUUGAAGGCUGAGCUAGUGGUCUUCAAAGGGCUUAUGAGCAACAACCUGACGGAGCUGGACACGAAGAUCCAGGAGAAGGCCAUGAAGGUGGACAUGGACAUCUGCCGCCGCAUCGACAUCACCGCCAAGCUCUGCGACGUGGCUCAGCAGCGCAACUGUGAGGACAUGAUCCAGAUGUUCCAGAAGAAACUGUCUCUGCACUUGUCUCCCAUUAAGGUCCCAUCCAUGGGGGGGCGGAAGCGGGAGCGCAAGGCUGCCACCGAGGAGGACCCCUCCCUGUCGGAGAGUGACGGGCCCCGCCAGCCCGAUGGGGAUGAGGAGGAGAGCACAGCCCUCAGCAUCAACGAGGAGAUGCAGCGCAUGCUCAACCAGCUGAGGGAGUAUGAUUUUGAGGACGACUGUGACAGCCUGACUUGGGAGGAGACUGAGGAGACCCUGCUGCUUUGGGAGGAUUUCUCAGGCUAUGCCAUGGCGGCGGCAGAGGCCCAGGGAGAGCAACAGGAGGACAGUUUGGAGAAGGUGAUUAAAGAUACCGAGUCCCUGUUCAAGACGCGGGAGAAAGAGUAUCAGGAAACCAUUGACCAGAUAGAGCUGGAGCUCGCCACGGCCAAGAACGACAUGAACCGGCACCUGCAUGAGUACAUGGAGAUGUGCAGCAUGAAGCGGGGCCUGGACGUGCAGAUGGAGACCUGCCGCCGGCUCAUCACCCAGUCUGGGGACCGAAAGUCUCCUGCUUUCACUGCGGUCCCGCCUAGCGACCCGCCGCCACCGCCUAGCGAGACUGAGGACUCCGAUCGAGAGGUCUCAUCUGAUAGCUCCCUGAGAUAGGGACCUGCCUCUGGUCCCACCCUGAUGGGAAGGCACCUCGCACCUCCUCGCAGAGUCGGGGUUCGCAGAGGGAACUUCAUUUGUCCCGCUGCACCAAGCCUGGCCCCGCGACAGGGCCGCACCUCCCUCGGGCUUCCUCCCUUGGUCCGCGGCCUCUCCAGGUUCUAGGGUGUCUGGAGCAAGGCUUGGCCUGCCCUUCCCAGCGACUCCUGCCACAGCGGGGGCCCUCCUGACCUCAUGCGUAGGUGUCUGCUCCUCCCCAUCUUCAAAAUGCUGCCAGUGCGACUGUGGCCCCGCAACUUCUCCACUGAAUGUGAUAG